UGUCCCCGCGUCUUUUUUGCGCCUUUGCGUCGCACACGCACUGGCCUCUUGACAUUCACGCCCCACGCUCAUUUAAACUCCCCCAACCUUCUCAGCUUCCACCCAUUGUGCUACGUAGUCUGAUCACUCCCCUUCGGCGCGCCCUCGCCAUGUCCCUCCCUCCAGCAGCGUCGCCCUCGGGCCUCCCGCCAGCUCCAGCCUACCGCCGCGUGCCCCUGCGCAUUGCUUGCGUCCAGUAUGAUGCCAAGCUCGGACAGGUCGACGACAAUGCAGCCAAGGUCGAGGCGUUAACCGCGAGCCUCACGCCCGGAUCGGUCGACCUCGUUGUCCUCCCCGAAAUGGCGCUCAGUGGGUACGUCUUCACGACACCCCAGUCGAUUCUGCCGUACCUCGAGGCGCGCGAGACGGGCCCGACCUCGCGUCUGGCGUGCAUCCUCGCCGAGCGCCUCCGGUGCCAUGUCAUUGCCGGGUACCCCGAAGCGCUGGAGCCUGCCGAGGGCGAGGAAGCUGGCACCUCGGUGGGCGCCAAGCUCAAGGAAGCAGAAGCGUGGGGCCUGGGCGUGGGCUACAACUCUGCUGUGGUGGCUGGGCCGUCGGGCGUCAUCGGCAACUACCGCAAGACGUUCCGUUUCGAGACAGACAAGAACUGGGCUAGGGAAGGCGACGGGUUCAGAUUCUUUGACCUGCCUGAGCCAUUGGGGCGGGUGGCGGUCGGCAUCUGCAUGGACUUGAACCCCCAGGACUUUCUCGCCCCUUGGAACGCGUUUGAGCUGGCCAACUUUACGCUGGACAAUGGUGCCGACGUCCUCGUCGUCCCAAUGAACUGGCUCGACCCAGGCGAGCAGGAGAAUGAUUCCGACAGCGACGAUGACGAAGAUGUGCCCCGGCGCGACCCCGAAGCGCCGUCCGAGUCCAAUCUCAACUACUGGGCGGCGCGCUUGACGCCUCUGCACGACCCUGCGCCGUCGUACUCUGCCCCCGCGCAGGCGCCCGAGGAGCCCAGCCCCCACAAGGAGGUCGUGUUCGUCGCGGCCAACCGCGUGGGCACGGAGGAAGGCACGACGUUUGUGGGCACGAGUUGCGUCAUGACGAUCAGCUCGAACCCGAGCCGCAUCGAGCUCGUCGAGGUUUGUAAUCGGACCGAGGAGCGCGUGCUACUCGCGACGGUUGCGUAGGGCAUACGGCCAUUGCGCCGGAGGUGGAC